AUGUCACAGUCCCGGAUCAUAGACCUGGUCAAGACCCAAUGUCGCAUCUUCUCCCUCAAUUUCAACCCGCAACGACUCCGACUAGGCAAUAAGAUUCUGCGUCAACGGCUACGCGGGCCAGCACUCUCAGCAUGGUAUCCGAAGAAGACCGUCUCGUUCCGAGAUCUCCAGAACACCUACAAGCCCCUUGGCUUAACGACGUUUGAUGAAGCCGAGGAUGACCGAGAGGAAGCCAUCCAAAUCGCCAAACUUCGAGGAAAGGGUCGACCUAAGAAGAAGAGGACCGCAGCGGAAUCGAGGUCUUCAAAGAAGAAGAAAUAG